AUGUCAAGUGGCGAUGAAGACCAGGAGGUUGGAAGUGACAUGGCAGUCGACGACUGGGACUCCGGAUCCCUUGUUCCGCCAUCGCGAUUUGCUCCUCUUCUUCCCCAUCCUGCUUUGGCCCCGUUCAAUUCUCACGCUCUUCAUGGCGACCUCAUUCGCAAUCCCGCCAUGAAUGACAGACACACCUUUGUAUCCGCCAAUGAAGCCGGCUCAGACGUUACUGCGAUAGGCACUCCGCUGGCUCUUCGGGAUAACCAGCACGUUCAUCAUACCUUCCCUGAGAUGUCACCCACCUGCCUUUUAGCGGCAGUAUCAACGACACCAGUAGCUGAAGGCAUGACCCCAAGAGACGACUUGGUAUUGAGCCCAAAUCUGUUAUCGCGAGAUGAAGGGGUACCACCGUCGUCGUAUCUCAAAAGCAGCACGCCGGAUGCCUCUGACAAGUUUGUGCUGGAAUCUCAACACAUCGGACACGCGCGGAAUACUUCCAACGGUAGAGUUACUAAAGAUCCAACGCCAACGAGGGUGACAGUAGUUGUUGGUUCAGCCUCCCGGAAGCCGUACAGCAUUGAGGGAAACGAUACGGCCAUGGUAAGGGAUGAGUGGAAGGAGGAAACUAGCGGCAGGAGCUCAGAGGAGGACGACCCAACGCCCGGCGACUGUCUAGUAACUUACCAGACGGGGUGGGACGGCGAGAGUAAUGAGGGCGAUCACGACUCUGCCUCAGUCAACGAUCCCAUCAAUCAGGAGUGGCGCAGUGACAGUGGCAGCGACGGUGCUGUUGACGACAGCAGGAAAUCGUGGGGCAGCGAGAGUGUGGAGGGUGAUCACAACCCUUCCUCGGUCAACGAUCCCAUCAAUCAGGAGUGGCGCAGUGACAGUGGCAGUGAGGGCGAGGAAGAGGUGAAGGUGGAACAGGAGAUGGAUCAGGACGACCCAUUGUCUACCAUCGCUGCCGUAGUCGCCGAGGAUGGGUGGAACGAGGAGAGCGACGAAGGGAGCUCCGAGGAGGAGGAUCGCAUGCUUGGCGACGGUGCUGCUGACGACAGCAGGAAAUCGUGGGGCAGCGAGAGUGUGGAGGGCGAUGACAAGCCACCUUCCAACCAUGACCCCGUCCACAGGGAGUGGCGUGAUGACAGUGGCAGUGAGGGCGAGGAAGAGGUGAAGGUGGAACAGGAGAUGGAUCAGGACGACCCAAUGUCCAGCACUGCCAGUGUUGCGGCGGGGGAUCAGUGGAACGAGGAGAGCGACGAAGGGAGCUCCGAGGAGGAGGAUCGCAUGCUUGGCGACGAUGCUGCUGACGACAGCAAGAAAUCGUGGGGCAGCGAGAGUGUGGAGGGCGAUCACAACCCUUCCUCGGCCAACGAUCCCAUCAAUCAGGAGUGGCGUGGUGACAGUGGCAGUGAGGGCGAGGAAGAGGUGAAGGUGGAACAAGUGAUGGAUCAGGACGACCCAAUGUCUACCAUCGCUGCUGUAGUUGUAGUCGCCGAGGAUGGGUGGAACGAGGAGGAUCGCGAGAGGAUCGCGCGGCAGGGCGAUCCCGUGCUCGGAGACGGUGGUGUUGCGGAGGUGGAGGAGGGAGAGCAAGUGGGACAGGACGAUCCAAUGUCCACCAUUGCUGCUAUCAUCGCCGAGGAGGAUCACGACGCCGUUACGACGGUGGAAGAAGCGGAGCAGGGAACCCAUGAGGAGCAAGACCCCCCAAUGUCCAGCAUCGCCAGUGGCAGUGAGGGCGAGGAAGCGGUGAAGGUGGAGAAGGAGAUGGAUCAGGACGACCCAAUGUCCAGCACUGCCAGUGUUGCGGCGGGGGAUCGGUGGAACGAGGAGAAGAACGACGAAGGGAGCUCCGAGGAGGAGGAUCGCAUGCUCAGCGACGGUGCUGCUGACGACAGCAAGAAAUCGUGGGGCAGCGAGAGUGUGGAGGGCGAUGACAAGCCACCUUCCAACCAUGACCCCGUCCACGGGGAGUGGCGUGAUGAUAGUCAUGGGGAGGAUGACAAGGGCGACGUAGGCGAGCUAGUGUCCCCAUAUUAUGAUCACCCCGCGCGGGUCAACAACAGCGAAAUAGAAUGGCAAGCCCAGUCGCAGGCUAUGCCUACCAUCGACAUGCUUAUGGGGUACGGACAGGACAAUGGGCUGGAAUCAUUUGCUGACGACGAACGGGACACUGUCAGUGAAGUUGGCUCCCUCGGAUUCGGUGUGACUAAACCGCUCGCGAUCCAGGCUCACUCCUCCAUCAGUUCCUCCGUCCGCCGCCGUUCUCAGCUAUACACUAACCCCCAGGAGCAAAAUGACGACAUGAAUAACCCUCCUGCUCCUAACUUCGACAGGUCACCUAGUCGUCCAAUCCUCGUUGAACAAAGUCACGCAAGGGUUCUUCUUUGGAGAAAUGAUGUACCCCCACGCAUUGAAACAUCUUCUGUCCUCGGGAGAGACAGGAGUGUCGGUACCAUCGGGAAUGAUGGAGGUGGAGCAAUUGGACACCGUUACAACAACCCUGAGCCUACGCCGUCUGCACUAAAUCGAGCUUCUACGCCCCUCUUCCUCAACAGUCCUUCCGAAUGUCACAGCUAUCAAAUAUCUACAAUAUCUACAACCCGUCGCAACACUUCCCGAAUUCCAUCACCUUGGGACCAUCGUAGCCCAGAGCCUUCUGCACAUGGACCAGCCGGCUUUCAGAACGCCCGUAGUCCGUCACCUUGGGACCAUCGUAGCCCAAAGCCUUCUGCACAUGGACCAGCCGGCUUUCAGAACGCCCGUAGUCCGUCACCUUGGGACCAUCGUAGCCCAGAGCCUUCUGCACAUGGACCAGCCGGCUUUCAGAACGCCCGUAGUCCGUCACCUUGGGACCAUCGUAGCCCAAAGCCUUCUGCACAUGGACCAGCCGGCUUUCAGAACGCCCGAAGUCCGUCACCUUGGGACCAUCGUAGCCCAGAGCCUUCUGCACAUGGACCAGCUGGCUUUCAGAACGCCCGUAGUCCGUCACCUUGGGACCAUCGUAGCCCAAAGCCUUCUGCACAUGGACCAGCCGGCUUUCAGAACGCCCGUAGUCCGUCACCUUGGGACCAUCGUAGCCCAGAGCCUUCUGCACAUGGACCAGCCGGCUUUCAGAACGCCCGAAGUCCGUCACCUUGGGAUCAUCGUAGUCACCCCGAACCGUCCCUAGCACCUUGGGGGACGUCCAGAGCUCAGAGUCGUGAACACACUUCUCACAGCGAUCAGUCGCCUUUCGACAAUGGAUUUGAUCGGGGCUUCUGGGGACACCAUCCUACCCCAGGCUCCUUCUCUGAGGAUAAUGCCCACGCGACUUCCAUGCAUGGCGACACUGAGAGUGACGGUGGCAAUGAAAAGCCUUAUCCUAACAACGGGAAACAUCCCAAGCGUGACAAGAGUCAACGUCCCUAUCCCGGCGAAGAGGAACGUCAGAAGCAUGGCAAGCAUCACCGUCGACGUCGGAAACACUGUGUCCACUGUGCUCCUCCCAAUACCGACGACGGAAUGUCUGACUCAGACGAAGCUUCCGGACCUCCUCAGCGCACUUACAAUGUCCGACAUCUUGACCCAAAAGGUCUUGUAUUGAAGUCCGAAAUCAGAAUCCACUGCGAUCGUACCUUAAUGGAGCGUAGUCUGAAAAUAGCCACUGAGGACAUGAUUCGCAGCUUCACGCUCAAGCCGUAUGGCCCGAUUCGUCCCACAGUCGCCAAUUUCGCAAUGGACGCUCGCCCUCAGAAGGGCAUAACUACUGCUUGGAACAAACGCCUCAUCGAGGUGUUCGUGCAAGACUUCAUGGAACAACCCCAGUACACUUGUAAGGACCCUGCAAAGAUCGAACACCAUUUCAAGCAGCAUCUGUACCAACUCAAGCAACGCGCGGCAAAGCUUCCGACGCCCGAAGCUGCCAAAGCCAAGAGUCGCGAAAACAGGCGGCGCGCACUACGAGAGCGUCGCGUCAAGGCGUGUAGGAACUACUCUCGACAAGAUCCCACCCUGCAUCGUUUUCUCGAUUUGUUGGGUAGGCUACCCUAUUAUGCCAUGAGUGGAGAUGAGACGGACGCCGAUGCUAGCACAUCAAUCGGGAUUGGGAAGACUAUCGAUGGGUAUUCAAUAACCAAUCUACCUUGGCGCUCUUCAGACCCAGAAGUAACCCAUUGGUUCCGGACAUUCGAUCUACUUCACCUCUCUACACGAUACAUGAUGACCGGCAACCCGACACCCGGCGAAUGGCCACGAGUAAGACUGCCGUCAUCACGUAUCGAAAAACACAAGGCAGAGCCACCUCUUGGGCUUCCAGAGAACUUCUACGGCUCAGCUUUUCUUCAAAGCCUCCAUCCAAUGGAAAGACAGCGCCUGAAGGUCCAAACAUCCAUGGACCUCUCUUUUUCUAGAGAAAUUGAAACAUUUCGUUUCGCGUCUAACGCAGAGUACGCAAUUUCUCCGCCUGCUCUCAGACGAGGUGCCUGGCUCAAGCGUCCUGUGGUUGCAUUCACGUUGGGCAUCUUGACAGCCUUACUCGGGAAGCAGUCCGUUGUCCAUGCCUCAACUAUCAUCGAUGCAUACCUUACACCACAUAUUUCCUCUGGCCAAAUGCCCAUAGACGCCACAUUCGCUGUCCUUACUUCUAUCACUGACCGCCUACUCGCGAAUGCUACACCCGCCUCCGUCCCUCCUCGCAACCUUGCUCUAUUUGGUGGCGGCGCUCGAGUUAACUCUCUUCUCACUUCUGCUACCUACAAUCCUCACGCACAUGGUUCAGUAGGCCCACUACGGAGAGGCCUUCGCUGGGUUCGAGACACGAUGCUCGGUGUCGAAUUUUCUCGACUGCACAUGAGUCGUCCCAGGGAUGCUCUCAGCGAGAAUAUGGAACUUGGAAGGUGUUGGGAAUUCGAGGGUCCCACGGGUCACAUAGCCAUUGAAUUGCCAGAGGUCGUCACCAUAACCGACGCCAGUGUGGCUUACAUCCCUGCUCCCCUCCUCUCGCAGGUUGCUGUAGGCCGUGCGCCGCGCAGAGUAACCAUGUGGGGCCUGGCCGACAACACGACUGCUCAGCAUUUUACCGAGUCCCACGCGCCGUCCCUUUUUACAGCGAAUCACCGGAACCCUCCUGGUAUGCACUACACCGAUAGGUUCGUCAAGCUUGGAGGGUUCGUUUUCGACAUCGAUUCGUCGCAUCACCAGUUCUUUGCCAUGGAUCCUGAUUCUGCCACGAUACAAACAUCUCUGGUCAUUUUUGAAGUGAAUAAUAAUCACGGUUCAAGCACAACAUGUCUAUAUUAUUUAGGGGUGUACGGUAUAGAAGUCUCCUAA